AACAUGCUGGAAACUUACUAUGAAUUUUAAAACACUACAUAUUAAAACCACCAUAUAGCCUGAGCGUUUGUUUCCUGCAGCACAGGAAAUACAGAUAGUGAAGUGAAAAAAAACCAGCAGAUAUUUGAAGAUAUUCAUCAGGACCCUUUCUAUAGCACAUACUUUCCUUCAGCUUUUACAAGGUUAGGAUUUUGGCCAGUUGGUUGUUGUUUUCUCUUUUUUUGUUUUACUGUUUCUUAUCCUCCUCCUCCCUCCAAAGAACAAACUCUUUGGAUAACGGAUUGAGUGUAACAGAAACCACAAAAUGAACUCAUGACCUCUGAAAUAUUUUUGAAGUCUUACACUUGCAAGGUUUUUUUUUUUAAAUGAACCGAUAACACACUGAAAAAGUACUUAAAUUUUUUUUUUAAGUGAUCUUAGCAAAAGAAUGAAUCUCUUUGCAGACUUGUGACACUGCAUCAACAAUAGCUGAUGAUGUGGCACAAGACCUUUUUUUUUCGCUGGCAAAUCAGAAGAGGGACUAAGGCUAUUAUUUUACUCUGCCUUCCCACAAGGCUCCUCACCACAAAAUAUGGUUUAGAGACAUCUUUUGUUCCUCCAGCUGUGUUAGGCUAUUGCUCAGAUGAUUUCAUCAGCACACUAAGCUGCUCCCUUCUACAACUUGAGCUUCCCAGACUUCCAAGGAGUAACUUCUAUUGUAAGCAGGAGUAAAAAGAACCAGUUGUGUUAUCUUUGCAGUGAGGAGUAACUCAUGCAUCUUAUGGUAGAAGUACAAAUUUAAAUAAAUAUGGGGAUUCUGAGCCAGCUAUCAAUCAUUAACCUUCUCUGGACCACUGCUGUAUUUUGCCAAUAUGAAGACUACGAUUUUGGGGACGAAUAUGAUGAGCCAGAUCAACACCCACAUUAUUUUAACUCUAAUCCAAGCGCACAAGCUGAGGUUCCUCACUUUUCUUUUCCUGUUCAGUGUGCCAGAGAAUGCUUCUGUCCACCAGAAUUUCCGCUAUCUAUGUAUUGUGACCAUCGUAAGCUUAAAACAAUACCAAACAUCCCUGCUCACGUCCAACAACUCUAUCUGCAAAACAAUGAUAUUGAAGCUGUACCUGCAGGACCAUUCACUAACGUUACCAUUUUAAGAGAAAUUAAUCUGAGCUUCAACAAAAUUAAGUCUCAUAUGAUUGAUCGUGGUGUUUUUGCCAAAUUGUCAAACUUAGUGCAGCUUCAUUUACAGCACAAUGAAUUAGAUGAAUUUCCAUUCCCACUUCCCAGCUCUCUGGAGAGACUCCUCCUUGGCUUCAAUAAGAUCUCCCAGUUACCUGGAAUUGCACUGGACGGAUUACCAAACAUAACCAUGCUUGACCUCUGCAAUAAUUUUCUUGACGAUUCAGUACUCAAAGGAAAUCACUUUUCAGUGAUGAACAACUUAAUGCAGCUGAACUUAUGCAACAACAAAUUACAGACUAUGCCUCCUAGCCUGCCGUCGUCACUUAUGUAUCUCUCUCUUGAAAAUAACUCCAUUUCUUAUAUUCCAGAAAACUAUUUCAGCAAACUCCCCAAAAUCAUUGCCCUAAGAAUGUCUCACAAUAACCUGCAGAACAUUCCACGCAACACCUUUAUUAAUCUACCGAACCUUUUAGAACUUAACCUUGGACAUAACAAAUUGAAACAAGUAUUCUACAUUCCAAGAAGUCUGCAGCAUUUGUAUAUUGAAGACAAUGACAUUGAAAUGAUAAAUGUUACUUUGAUGUGUCCAUCUAUUGAUCUGAUGAACAUCAACCAGUUAACCUAUAUAAGGGUGGACCAAAAUAAGCUAACAGCUCCAAUAAGCACAUAUGCCUUCUUUUGCUUCCCUCACAUUAGAACCAUCUACUAUGGAGAACAAAACAGUAACGCCAACAAGUCAACACAAAUCAGAACAGCAGUGUUUCGACGACUUUUAACACCAGAAGAAUAUGAUGAAAUAGAAGAUGAUCGUGAAACACAUGAUCAAGAAACUGAGGAAGAGCAUGAAGCAGAAAACAAUUAUUUUUUUCCUCACUUUUGGUGAAAUAAUCAUUGUUAAUGAGUACAUAUAGAAAUUUUUCCUUAUUUGUGGAGUAUUCAUGCCCAUUUUAGAACAGUUAAAUAUUUUGGGAUCUUUAAGCUAUAAUCUAGUAAAAUCUAAUAAUUAAUCUAAUAAAGUGGAGAUAGAAUUUUAGUGUACAUAAAUAUGCCAUUAGCAAUGCAGAAAAAAAUAUAAUACUAGCAGCAAGAAUACUCAUGUCAAUAUUUGGUAGCAAUAUGAUAUAUAGCCAGUAUUGAUGAUGGACUUAUUUGUGGGUUGACAGUCUCAGCAGUAGAAAAUCGACCUUCCAUGUUCUAAAGUGAUUCAACUUGCCAAAUGUUUAUAGCACAGAUGAUGUCAUGCUCAACAUGACAAUAUGUAGACAACAUCAAAAAUCUGUUCAGCUAGAUGUUCAGAUACUGAAAGUAGUAAGAAAACAGUAGAAAACAGACAUAUAAGAGAAAAACAUAUGAGAGCAAGAUCACAAAAGAUCACAACGUUCUUGCACAUCUUCCUCAAAUACAGAUGCUGAUUCAUUCAAUAUCUAACUGAAAAGGAAAAUCAAACUUUUGAGUUUCAGGUCUUAAUAUACUGUUUGUGCAGUGUCGUGCCAAGAUGUAUUCUUUACUUCUCAACCUGUGCUUCAAUUAUCACAAGUCUUUCAAAAAGAUUUUAGUUGAUUAGACAUGAAGGCAAUGAAUGACUUUUCAAAGGUUUUAAUGAUGUACAAUAACACAACUCUGAAUCAUUAGACUAAAGUAUAGGUAAAAUAGAAGUACUAUUUUAUUUUAGAAGGCAUUUUAAAUUCAAUGCUUUAAUAAGAACUGCACAUCAGCUAGAGCAAGCACAGAUAGUGGCAUUGCAGGCUUCAUUAACAAUUUAGACUGCCCUUCAGUGUAACUAACACCAAUAAGCUGCACCCCCUGCUACAAAGUUGAGCAAAAAUUGCUUCAAGUAAUCCAAACAAAAGUAGCAUACACUGUCUGAGCUAUGGAAAGCUUUUUGUUAUGUCUUAUAUCUAAAGAGAUUCAAGUCACUACAAGGUAAGAACACAGAGCACAUAAGCCCUUUAGUUUAAUUAAAUUCUUCAUUUUUUCCAGCACUUCACUGAAGAACACAAGUGCAAUAAGACAUACAUCACACUACAUUUAUAUUAUCAUACAUACACACACAUAUUAUCCUUUAAGUUUAGGGAAACUAAAAGAGUGCAAUAUAGAAAUAAACAAGCAAAUUUGUACUAGAAUUUCUAAAAAGUUUUAGCUUUCUUUUAAUAUCAGUUACUUUUUGAAGUCCUUCUUAGUAUAUUUUGUUUUCUAAUGCAACAAAUAUAUGCUAACAAACUGAAAAACCCUAAUCAUGUGUCUAUAUUUAUAAACUGAAAUUAAGUGCUUAUAAGCACACGAAUAUAACCAAGUCCUUAAGAACAAAUUCUUUGAAAAAUCUAUGCAUACAAAAUGUAAUACAUCAUAGGCAAUUUGGAGACUUAUAUGAACUAACUCAAUCCUCUUUCUUUCCUCUGCCCCCACAUUUAUUUUCCUUUCACGUGUGUAGUGACCAUGAGGAUAUGGUACACAUUCGUAAACAUCCAGCUUCAGCUUUUCAGAAUGUAUCUUCUUUUGUUAAAACAAAAUCAAUUAACAUUUUUCAACCUUAAGAAGCCUCUGGCUUCACGUAGAAAUAUAAAUAUAUUCAUUAUAUUUAAAUACUCUUCAAAAACUUCAUGGACAUUACAUACACAAAUUUAAAUAUAAGCACCUGUAACUUUUAUAGUUUUAUUAACAUAAACACGUAGUAUAUUAGCUGUAGAUCUUCAUCUCUUUCAGCUUUUAAGUGAAGAACGCACAAUCAAAAUUAAGACACUUUUUUGAAGACUUCUUCAGCCUCAAAAAGAACACUAUUCAGUUACAGUGGGUGUAAUAUAUAUAUAUACACACAUACAAAGAAGAUGAGAAACUGUCUGCUUAGCUUUAUUUUUUGAAGUUGCAUUAAAGUCAAACUUUAAACAAU